ACCAAGCGUCCUACUCAACUCUUUACAAAUGAGGAGUAGCACUCGACUUGAUUUUGAACAAAGUUCCUGUCUCCGAUUAAGCACACAAAGUUUAGAAGCAGAGCGAGUGGGACUGGUGUUAGAGUAUCCAUACAGCUUUUCCCUUGAAUGAAAGGAUCCUGUGGAGGCUCGGUUCACCUGCGGCUGGGAGCGACACCUGUCUCAGUGCUACUCGCAUCCUCCACAUUUGGACCACCCUUUCCAGGUGUAAGUGUAUUGAAGAGGAGCAUUAACAGCUAUGUGCUCCAGUGGGCACCCUCUGUGUUCAGGGAGCAGGCGUUCACCCGCCAAUAGAGAGGACAGUAGCUCAGGCUCCCAGUAUGCUCUCUGUGCACUGGGGGUGGGCCUGGUGGCCCUCGGUGUUGUCAUGAUCGUGUGGAGCAUUGUCCCUUCUGAAAUGACACCACUUCACAAUGCUACAAACCCGAAUAAUGGAAGUAACAGCGGUAAUGAAGGGAAGACAUCGUCUGUUGCAUUUGUGCUGGUUGGAGCUGGUAUUGCCAUGUUGCUCCUUGCUGUAUGUCUCCGGGUACGGCAAAGGAAGCAAAUGAGACAACGGGAAACUACAGGUGCAGGCGGUGCUGAUUAUGUGGAUCAAGUCCAUAGAGAUCAGGAUGAGGAAUCAACUGAUGAGCCAGCACCCAACUUUGAUGUCCCCACCUAUGAGGAGGCAGUCACCAGUGGACAGUACCCUGUUUGGCAGAGCAACUUGCGACAGAGCUACCAGCUGCCCUCGUAUGAAGAUCUGAUUGGUGCCGUUGAAAAUGAAGGCCAGCAGCCUAGAGAAGGUAAUGGCCAAGAGGCCUCUCAGCCAGCUCCUGGCCCCGCACCCCAACCUGCGGCACCCACUCGCAGCAGCAGCAGGGUCAGUCGCAUCCUCCGACCUCUCAGAGUGCGCAGGAUCAAGUCUGAGAAACUCCACAUGAAGGAUAUUCGUUUGAAUAUCCAAAACCCUGAACAGAGUAGAGCCGCUAUUGAACCGCUGACCCCACCACCACAGUAUGAGGACAAGCCCCCUCAACUACCCACAGAAGUAGUGUAAUGAUUUCAAUCAAUGGAUUUUGUUGAGUGUUUGCAUCUGAGGGUUGUUCGAGAAAUGUUGAUUCAUCUUUGUGGAAAAAGAAAUUUUUCUGAGAGCUGUAAAUGUAUCUCAAAAUCUGCCAAAUGAAUGUGCGCUGUCAGUGCUUCAUGGACAAAACACUGAAGCCUAUUUGAAUGUUUUUUUUUUUAACAGAACUUUUUAUAUUUGAAGAAUGGAUUGGAGUAGUGUAUUGUACUUUUUAUUUAAAACUCUAUGAGGAGGAAUAUGAAUGCCACAGCAUGUAGAGAGAGAGAGAGAGGGAGAGAGAGAGAAAACAAGAAAUACACGGUUCUUUGAACUCCCAAAGAACUACACCGUUUACUUCCAGAGAACUCCACUGUACUUUGCAAAAUAUAAAUACAAAACAAAUUCUUGUAAAAUAAUAAAUUACAACUGAAGAAUCCCAUCAGACUUUGGGUGAAAUGUUGGAAAUGCCACAUUCUAGUUACUGUUUUUGAAAAUAACUGCCAAAAAAAAAUAGAAUUUUUUUAAAAUUAUAUAAAAAUAUUAUUUUAAAUCUGAAUGUUCUAGUUUUUCUGCCUUUUUAUUAUUUUAUUUUUUACUCCGAAUAUAUAAUACAUUGAACUUGAUAUUGUAUUGUUGUGGCCAUGAAAUGCAGGGAUGGAAAAUUAAUUUAUUCAAUAGAAGAUUUAAUUCCAACUAAUUUAUUCAGUACCACUCCAAUUAAUAAUGUAAUACAUUUUUUCAGUAUGUGUUUGUUAACAUCGUGUCUGUUCUGUUUGCAACUUUGUCUGUUUUUUUUCCCCCAAAAUGUAUUGCUCACUGUAUUUUACGGGUGCAGCAUUUAAACUUAUUGAAAUUUAAUGAAAUUUAAAGUAUUCUCAAAACUCAUAGGACUAUUUAAUGUUAUUGUAGAACAAACUUUACAUUAAAGUAAAAUUCUAAUAAGUGAUAUAAGAAGAAGGGUUUGGAUAUCAAAAGAAAAUGCACCUUGGGGGACUCAACACUUAAUUACUGAUGUGCAAAUGAGCUUUUUAAAGAUGGGCUUAUUCCACCUGCAGUUUGAUGGGACAAACAAGACAUCAUGCUGCAGAUUGAAAACUUUCAAUAAUAAGUAUAUGUUGUUAGCCAAAACGGAUUUGUUUUAAUUCAGUUUAAUAAUUUCACUAUAGGGUGUAGAAUCUUGGUAAAAGGUGUGGCUUAUCUAAAGAUUUACUUUUGACAAAAGGCAUAAGAUUUUGUAAUUGAUGCAAUUCAAAUUUUAAAGCAGAAAAUAUCUGUAUUUUAUUUAUUUAUUUUUGGGACAUAAUAAAAUUGUUUAAAUCUUU